AUGUCGAUAUUAUACGCGUUGGUGGCGCGUGGAACGGUGGUUCUUGCGGAGUUAAGCACUACGUCCACGAACGCUAGCACGAUCGCGAAGCAGAUCCUUGAGAAGAUCCCUGGUAACGGCGACAGCCACGUGUCAUACUCUCAGGAUCGUUACGUCUUCCACGUAAAACGUACUGAUGGCCUCACCGUUCUUUGUAUGGCUGAUGAAGACGCCGGAAGGAGGAUUCCAUUUUCGUUUCUAGAGGAUAUUCAUCAGAGGUUUGUUCGGACUUAUGGCCGCGCAAUUCAUUCGGCACAAGCUUAUGCUAUGAAUGAUGAGUUCUCAAGAGUUCUUAACCAACAAAUUGAGUAUUACUCUAAUGAUCCUAAUGCCGAUACGAUAAGUCGAAUUAAGGGUGAAAUGAAUCAGGUGAGGGAUGUUAUGAUAGAGAACAUUGACAACAUUCUUGAUAGAGGUGAACGUCUUGAGCUUCUUGUCGAUAAAACCGCGAACAUGCAAGGGAAUACCUUCCGAUUCAGAAAGCAAACACGUCGUUUCAACAACACGGUGUGGUGGAGAAAUUGCAAGCUCACGCUACUCUUAAUACUAGUGUUGUUGGUGAUCAUAUACAUCGGUGUGGCCUUUGCUUGCCAUGGACCAACUCUACCCUCUUGCGUUUAA